AUGAGUGCCGAUCUGAAGUCCUUGUUAGAGGCUCAAACCGACAUCCACGGACGAAUGUCUCGCUCCGUGGAUAACCUCCGCAAGAUGGGAGUCACUAACAUCACCGCCGGUGCCAUCCAGGCUCGCCUCAUCAUCCUCGACAACCUCUGGGCGAAAUUCGAGGCUCAACACGAGCUGAUACGAGCGACGCUUAAAGACAGAUACUUGGAGAGUGAGUACGCCAAAAAUGAUUUCAUCGAUACUGCGGAAUGUACGUACGUUUCUCAGCGGAGCACGUUGAGCGACUACGCUGACAGGCUAAGGGCCGAGUCAGUUGUCGCACACAGAAUCGAACCGAAGUCGGAGUCUUCUCCCAAAACUGCGUUGCCGCGUAUAAAAUUGCCGCCGUUCUCGGGCGCCUACGAAGACUGGCCUUCCUUCCGGGAUCUCUUUUUAUCCCUCGUCGGAGAGAAUCCGUCGGUCUCAAACAUUGAGCGGUUCCAUUACCUUCGCUCCUGCGUGAAGGGAUCUGCGGAAAAAUUAAUCCGAUCAUUAACGGUUACAAGCGAGAAUUACGACCGCGCGUGGGCGAUCUUGGCAAAACACUUUGAGAAUAAAAAAGAGCUCAUGCGAUCAAAUUUCUCUACCUUCACUGCCGUCGGGAAAAUGAAGUCCGAGUCCGCCGAAGAACUAAGCCGCGUCCAUCACGCCGUCACGGCCACCGUCAACGCGCAAGAAAGCAUCGGAAAACCCAUCAAUUCCCAUGGGAUGGAUCUCCUCAAUCACUUGGUGAUCGAAUUGUUCGACUCGCGAACGCGCCUCGAGUGGGAGUCUUCCACAAGCGAUUCUCCCGAUCCGCCGACUCACGAGGCACUCACUGAUUUUAUUAGUAAAAGGAUUUUUACCUUGAACGCCGCCAAACCCAAGAUCGCCACGAAGAGUGCUGGGGAAACCUCUCGGACUGCGAAGUCUCACUUCGCUAAAAACGGGCCCGACGCGUUCAAAUGCGCCGCUUGCAAGGGCAAACACACUUAUGCAGUGCCCCGAGUUCAAGUCCAAGUCCGCGAGCGAAAGAAAGUCAUUCGUCGAGGUUAG